AUGGCCUCGUCUUCAUUCACUCAGUAUCAAUACCUAGAUAGGGUCCAUGCUUGUUUCUGUGCGGCGAAUCGCCUCCGCCAGUCGGAACAGCAGCUUCCAUGUCUUGUCUCGCUCUUUCGGCGACAACAAGAGUCAUUAGAAACUGAUACAUCUCAUUGCACUUGUCUCAACUGCCGGUGUAGGGAACUAGCAUGUGAAGAUCCUGCCCUUAGACAACAUCUAUUAUUCAUGGCUUCACCUGUGUUUCUCGAAACUUCAUCAGUUGCUAAUAUACUUAAAGAUGAUGCUUCGUUUCCAUACUGGGUAAUCAAACUCAUUGCCAAUAUUGACACUCAUGUCGUCAAAGAUAAACCAAAACUAAGUCCCCAAUUCGAAGCACAUCAAAUUGUAGAUCUUAUAUCUACAGGAGCAGAACCUGAUACCAAAUAUUUUCUUUGCACAAAGUGCACUCAAGUGGACGCACAUCGCGCGCACACACUCACACUUUCCUUAUUAGAAUAG